UAAUUUAGUUUUCAUUUAUUUUAUUUUACCUACGUGACUUUACCGAAAAAACCAAAGAGUAUGCAUUCUCAUGUAUUUACAAAGUACUUGCAUGGCCAUGGCUGGAUGUAAUGCAUUUUUGUGAUUUCAGCAGUUGGCUUAAGUCGUAUAAAUAUGACAAACCAAGGGAAUAGUUUGUAUUUGCUGAACAGGAGUAAAAAUAGAAUUGUCGGCCAGCUGUGCUUAGGAAAGUCCACUAUUCAUAACAAGCGUUAUUUUAAUGUUUUUCUCAACGUUCCAACUCGGAUCCAAUGAGAUGAGGAUGUGGCUCUUUUGUUAUUUUGUUUUGUCACCUACACUAUUAUAAUUACUGGUGCUGUUUUAGUUGUGCAAUAUAUUUGAGUGGAGUGGUUUUAUUUUCUUCGAAGCAAUCUGUGUUUCGGCGAGAAUUUGGUGGUGGUGAAGAUGAGAUUGAUUUUCACCUUUUUUGCGACAACCCCUCAAUUUUCCAUCGCAAAGUUUACCGUAACGUUUCGGAUUCCACAUCUAUUAUUACAACAAAUACCACGGGCUUCUUCGCUAAAUCACCCUCCGUUCAAUUUAAAGGAAUUAAAAACAAUUGUCAUCGUCUUUCUUGUACUUUCAGCCGAAUGUGCUGCUGUUGGUCUUGCGUGUUCUUGCUCGUAAAGGGUCGUAAGUGGCGCAGGGGUUCUGCUGCUGCCGCUGUUUGCCCUGCGAUUGCACGCACUGUUUGGCCAAAGCCCCAAGGGCCUCCCCAUUCAAACAAAAGCCGGGCAUGCUGGCGUUAGAGUUCCAGAGUGAAAAGCUGGGGGGGAUUAUCCACCGCGUAUCCCAGGGCCACCACGCUGUAAAUAUUUGCAUUUCAAUACCUGGUAACGCGGGCAGGCGGGCGGGCCACAGAGUUGAGGGACUCCGCCAUCGUUGCCGUCGCCUUUUUUUGCGAUCGGCGCGUCCCCUGUUCCAUCGCUAGCUUUAGACUAAAAGCAUCGCUUUGCUUUUUUCUAAGUUGUUGCGCGCUAUCCCGUGCGUGGCUUACGCGGUGCUCUUAACGCCAUGCGGAGUUUGUGUCCCAAACUUUGACCUUGGUUUUCGUGGAUGAAAAGGGACGCAUCAUGGCAGCGGCGUACUACUACAGGCCACACACAGCUCCUUUGCGGGAGAGCCCGGAUUUGCCACCGCACGACGCACUCAGCCGAAUUCUGCCAGAGUACGAGCAUCUCUUCCGGGCCCACGGGAACCCUGUGCCAGCGCCGGUAGUACCGGCAGCACGGAUGGGGUCCAAGAGCCAGGGCGGCUCGACUGCACGGCACACUCUUCCGCCACAGCCAACCAGCACAGCUGAGAGGAUGGAUCCCCACAGCUCCGUCGUCUUGGACUACCAAACCAAGGAGCUGGACGGCUACCGCUCGGUCCUGCGCAAGAUGGCCGACGACAUCCUGGCAUUGCGGCGCGAGGUGGGGCGCCUGGAGAGCGAGAACAGCCGCCUGCGAAGCGAGAUGAGCCUGCACCGCGAGGCCGGGCGCGCCCUGCUCGCUGACGCCGACCUUGACGUCAUGACCAAGAGCGAGCUCGCCGACCGGCUUGUGUCCCUGAAGCAGAAGGUGGCGAUGGACACGCGGGACAUGAAGGGCUACAAGGACAAGGUGCAGCAGCUGCAGAAUGAGCUCAUCAGGAAGAACGAGCGAGAGCAUGAGCUGCUGCAGCUGCGCCGCGUUCACCAGCAGCAGCAGGCGGCGCUGCACAAGUGUCAGGAGCGAGCGGCACAGGUCAAGCGCCUGGAGGAGACUAUACGACAGCAGGAGAAGGUCAUGGAGAAGAUGGAACGGCUGCUGGAGAGGCAGGCCAGGCAGAAGGCGACCAAGCGAUCAGAGUCGGACACUCCGACCAAAGACGGAGACCUCCUCAAGGACGUGGAGCUGGUGCUGGGGGUAGAGAACGCACGUCUGAGGAUGGAGCUCGAGAGGUUGAGGGCGCAACCUCACCCCCACACCCAGCAAAGGCCCCCACAGGAUGCGUUCUCGGUUGCCGAGAAGAUGGCGCUGCUCGCCAAGGUUGAGAGGGCAGAGGGCCGCGUCCGACAGCUAGAAGAAGAGCUGAAGGUGAAAGCCAAGAAGUGGGGGCGUGAGCGGCAGGACUACGUGAUGCGUUUGACGGAGCGCUCGCACGGCUUCACGAGGACGUCGACCGACAUCCUGCAUGGCUUUCCUGUCGCGGGAUCUCUGCUGCGGCAGGAGAUGGGCCGGCGUCACGGACAGCUGGAGCCACUGGUGUGAUGCUGGCGAGAUGCCGAUGAGACACCUAUGUGGCGUUGAUAUGACACCAGUGAGAUGUCAGUGUGAUGCAGUGAUGCCAUUGAGACACUGGCGAGGCGCUGGUAUCACGCUGGUCUGACGCUGUAUAGACGCUGGUGCAACGCCUAUGUGAUGCAGGAGUGAUGCUGGCAAAAGACGAAAGUGUAAUGCUGAGUGACGUGGCACCGCGAUCUAAAAACCCCGUCGCGACACAUCAGUAACGGGGGUGGGGGGGGGGCGAAUUUCUCCACUUUUGCAUGGCUUUCGUUAUUGCUGGUUUUUUUACGCUAUUCGCGUGCAUUGUAAUCAUCAAUUAUAGCGCUCAUAAACACACUGCUGGACGAAGGCCUCCACAUGCCGUGUCGGUCAUGAGGGCCAUUUGCUCAUUUCACCAGGCUGGUCAGUCCGGGUUAACGAGGGCCCUAACCAGUUCAGAUUUCACGCACCACUAACUCAGGUGCCUCUUGUUGAAUAUAAAUAUUUCACGGUAAGAUGGAGGCCACAUGUGCCAAGUUAAACAUUGUAUUUAUUAUCGCAUGGUUUUUCUCACAAUCGUAUGGCUUGUUCGAGUGCCAUGCACAGGUUUCUACAAUCAUGGCUGAUUAUUUUAAACAUCAUCACUUGAACACGAGUGCUCUGCUGUGACUGAGUUUUUUGGUUUGUAAAAUGGAACGGAUGAACAUAUUAUAUAAAAAUAAUCAUGGCACAUAUAUUUGUUUUGGGUUGUGUACUGCUCAUUUGAAAAAUACUAUUUUAUAAUGCAA